ACUGUGCAAACUCUUAAGGUUUCCUGGAAGUUAUCAGUUAUCCUGGUUAUUGUUGAGUGUGCAUCAUUCCUUACUUUGCAUCCUCUGAACUUGAAGGAACAAAGCACACCGACCUCUGCCGCAGUCAGUCGCCUCCUAAGAUUUGGUGCUGUGGCUCUUAUUGUUGGUGCAGUGUUAAUGUUGUGUGCAUCCAUGGCUGCUCUCUACCUGUGGAAAGUCAGCGAUAAAAAUGUUUACAAUGUUCGUUACAAUAUGAACAUCAAUGGGGAGGUGAGGGAGGGUUCCGUGGAAAUUGAUUCUGACAACAACCUGGAACGAUUUAAAACUGGGAGUGGAGCUGAGGAAGCCGUGGAGAUUCAUGACUUUCAAAUUGGAAUAACUGGAAUCCGCUUUUUUGGAGGAGACAAGUGCUACAUAAAAUCCCAAAUCAAAGCGAACCUUCCACACAUGGGAGCUCACAACAAAGACUCGCUGAUGUUUGACCUGACAGAUGAAAUCAUGCCAGUGAGGUUUGAUGAGGAGUUCCUCAUAUGGGUUGCUGCAGAGCAGCCGCUGAAGGACACCAGCUUUCUGAGCAGUAAAAUUCUGGGUCUUUGCGGGGAACUUCCCAUUUACUGGCUCCAACCAAUCCAUCCUAAAGAUGGGGAGAGGGGAAAGAGAGACACACAGCGAGCCAAACGACAGUUUAACAUGGAGGAGUUUGAGGCAGCUGCUGAGGAGAGGGACCCAGUGAGUCACGCAGAGGAUGACACCUCCAGAGUCAUGGAGGAAGAGGAGGGAGCACAAUCAACUGCAGGGUCAGCGUACAAUCCUGAAAACCCUUAUCAUCGCAGCGGCGGGGCCGGAGCAGACAGCGCCAUGACCUUUGACACUAUGUUAGACCACCAGGGGAUCUGCUGCUCAGAAUGCCAACGCAGCUACACUCACUGUCAGAGAAUAUGCGAGCCUCUGCGUGGCUACUGGCCCUGGCCUUACAACUACAGAGGAUGCCAGGUUGCUUGCCGAGUCAUUAUGCCCUGUCGCUGGUGGGUGGCACGCAUUUUAGGUGUUGUGUAAGAAAACACGCUACACUUGUGAGAGAACAUAGCUUUUUUUUUUUCAAAGACCUCCAAGGUCUCUAAAUUUUCAGCUUUCAUGCAGUUAUGCAUGCAGAUGUGCAUUUUCUGAGUUUGACUGUUAAGUACCAGCAGAAAGUUACACCUGUUAGUAUGAAAUGCAGAUCCCGAUGUAUGAUUAUCUAUACUAGAUGACAAAUAUUCAGUAUAUCAGUAUUAUCAAUAUUAUCUAUGACAAAUUGUACAUAUAAACAGGGCUUUCUCUUUGUAGGGAUAUACUACUUCUUUACAUACAGUAAAACUGGAACACAUAAAUGCUAUAUCCCUGUUUGUAGCAACAGACUCACAAAUGAACACACUCAUUUUUGUAAUGCCAAGGUUAAUGCACUGUACUGUGUUUAAUGGAAGGUAUGGGACUGAAUCCAAAGGCUCAGCAGAUCAUGUACCUUUUCUGACUGAGUAGGCUUCAAUAAAUUCUAAUUACAGUA